GCCACACCAACUUGUGUAUCUAUUUUGGUAUCUUCUGAACCCGCUAUCAGGAGGCUCGGCACACAAGUGCAUUUGAACAUGGAUCUGAGGGCUUGACUCACUUUGCAGGUGAUUCUUCACUGGAUUCUUGGAUUCUACAUUGAGGAUUUGUGUUUGAUACCAUUGUCUAGAUUGGACGUUUACACUCAGCAUGAAAGACCCAUCACCAAGGAAGUUUACACACCCCACCACUUCUCUAAUGUCCAUCUGAGCUGGAAGAAACCCAAAGGAUCUGCCGAGCUGCAGCAACCACUGAGGAGGAAAAAUAGGUGAUGCACGAGACAGAAGGAGAGUUGUUGACAUCAUGACCUGUGUGGAAAAGCGACACAUGAGCCAUCGGGUGGGGAGCAUGCUCCACCAUCGCUUCCCCAACGGCUUCACCGACUUAUUCAUGGACGAGACUGAUCGCGAGGUCAGCACGCUCACUGAUCGAGCCUUUCGGAGUCUCUGCGUUGGAGAUGAUGCAGUUUAUAAUGACGAGUUACUGUAUGGAUACUCACCUUUCAGCUGCCAUAAACCUUUGGCAGGAGAGCCUCCGAAAAAGAGUCACAAGGAAUCUAAAAAGCAAGGGCAAAACAAAAAUGACAACAAUUAUGCUCAGCCAUGGAAACAGCAGAAACAGAAGAGCAUAUCCCACAUGUCGUCUUUCCUCAAGGCAUUAAGUGCCACAGAGGAAAGCUGUGAGGGGAUGUUAAUCAAAAAUGGAGGUAUGACAGACUCUAAGGGGGAAUCUUGGGAUAAGUCUGCACUUCGCAGCAUCCAAAGAGAGCUAUCUGAGUUCUCCUCGGAUUAUCACACCAAUCUCUCAGACGGACAUUACAAGAACCAUCAUCGACAUCACUCUGGAGAUCGUUCAUCAAACAAAACGGGCAAAGAUGUUGGCCUUCCCUCAGGAAAAUCCUCUAAGAUCAAAAAUGGGAAAUCCACUGUCAAACUAAGGAAACUUAAUAUCAAAAACUUUUUCCUCCACAGUGAAUUUAGUCCCUUCCAAACAUGGAGAGAUUUUAAUCAGUUCCCCUUUGGCCAAGAGGACACAGUUCUCCCCACAGAUAAUAUCCCUAAAUGGUACGACUUGCCUUUUUACAAGGAGCUGACAGAGGCACACAGAAAAGAGACUCUGCAUACAGAGGAGGUACAGUCAUGCCAGAAAGCAGUAGUUGAGCCCCCUCCACCCAUUGCUCCGAAACCUUUCCCACCCCCUCCUCCUCCAAAGGUUCUACCAAAGCCUUCAGCUACGCCGGCAGAGAAGAGGUGCUCAUCAGACGGAGGGGAUGGGAGUGCUGCCCCCUGGAGGCGCAACAGGUCCAGGGCAAGAAGUGUGAUUCCAGUCAAUCAGCCUGGGGUAACACCUCAGGAAAACAGUUUAAAAACAGUGGACGAAAGUCUUUUUAUGUUCAAAAAGGAAGCCAGGUCUGUGGAGGUGAAAGCAAUUGAGGAAGUCAGCUCUUUGGCGUCUACUCCGUUCAGCAUCUGCCAGCUGAUGACUCCCCUCAUUCCCUCCAGACAACCAACAGAAACAUCAGAAAUCCUCCAGGGUGUUCUUUCGCCCUCUGUCCUUGACCUUCCACUAAGACCACACUCUGAGGCCAAACUUACCCCUGAACCUCCAGUCAAGCGGGACAGCUACAAAUCACUUGCCUCUAGCAUCCUCUUCAACCUCAAAGACAACAGGAAAAGGGUGAAAAGUCGUUAUAGCCCACCUAAAUUUAAAACAUUAGAGGUACCCGAUAGCCGCAACCAAUCUCCACAAUCAGAUUAUUUGAAACAUCCACAAGCUGGGUCUGAUGGCAAUGCAUCUGGCUUAAGCACUCCUGCCAUUUUAAAAGAUGUACAGACAAUUUGCAGUCCUGUUUUGGAAACUAAUGGCACUCCGAUGGUUGAUCCUACUCCACAUGAUACUGAUAGACCUCUUUCAGAUGAUUAUUUGUUAUCAAAUCUACUCCAAACCAAAUCUGGUCUUGGUGAGGAGAAUCCUAUCUCCCCCUUGAUACACUCUAAAAAGACCAAGAGUCCCAUGGCUAAAAAGCAAAACUACCCUUCCCUGAAAUUAUACAAGAAAGCCAGCCCUGUUGACAGUGAUAUGAAAUAUCUUCAAAUCCCUCCGAGCACUGGUGCUCCUAUACUCAUAGACCAACCCUCUGAGACAAAUGAGCUUUCACCACUCAUGCUAAACAAAGAGCUCUCUCCAAAAGUAUUGAAAACAAGCACAGGGCUUUCACCAAAUACUCCCAACAUCAACAAAGAUCGUUCACCCAUAAUUUCACCGCCUGCACUUGAGAAAGACGGGUUGUCAUCAAAUGUAUCGGUAGGGAAAAGACCACCAAAUGUACCAGACAAACCAAAACAAUCUGCAAAAGACAUAAAAGAAAAAUUGUUUGGAGCGCAGCCUGUUAGCUCUAAGGAUAAAGAUAUUAGUGGCCAGCCCAAAAGUACAAUGGACGUGAUCAGAGCAGCAAAAGAAGCAAUUAAUGCAGCCAAAAACAAAGCUCUAUCUGCAGUUCAGUCAGAUAUCAACAACAAGCCCAGUUCAGACAUAGCAGAACUGGGGGAGACAGAAAUAGACAAGAAGGCUGCCUAUUCAAAAGAAAUGCUUAACAGCAAGAGGGUGAGUGCAGUACCAGAAAACAACACUGGAAAUGAGGCAACCACUGCAACACCGGUUGGUAAAAAGGGUAGUGCCAAGAAAGAACCUCCACCAGUUCCAAAGAGAAAUUUUGUUAAAUCUGAUAUUCAAUUCGCUCUUGACAAACAGCAAAUGCAUAAUGACAAACUCACAAAUGGUGAUUUGACAGAUGCAAAACUAGAUUUACCACCAAAUGAAAAUGAAAGUAUCCAGAAACAGGACAAACUCAAACAUAUAUUCUCAGCCAGACAAAACAACUAUAUAAAAUGUCAGAGAUAUUCAGUGACAGAUGAUGAUCAUGGAAAGGAAUCUGAGGAAGGCGAUCUGAAAGUGAACCCAAGAAUGAAGACGGAUGAGGGGAUGACGUCACCCAGAGAAUUGAGAGAUAGUGAGCAUAUCGUUAAUGAUUUGCACACUUUGAAAGCGCUGGAGAGAGUACGACUUGGUGAUCGUGUUCUCGAUAAUGCAAGGAGCAAAUUAAGUGUUAUGAAUGUAGAUGAGGAGGCGAGGGCAAAGAAUGAUUUGAUCUCGAGGGAGCUGAGGAAUAUUAAGAAGGGUAUGUUGUCUAUGAGAGGGAACACAUUGGCUAAGAGAGAGCUAUUUGCAAAUAAAGAGAAAGAGCAGAACAAGCAGGAGACUUUCACAAAGAUAGACAGUAAUGUCAUAGUGAACAAAGCACUUUUCAAUGACAAUUAUGACAAAGCCAAAAUGGCACUUGAAGAAAUUAUCUCAGAAAGGCAAAAGAGAAAGAACAAAUGCACAGAGCAGGAUGAAAAUCCAACAUCUGAUGAGAAUGGCAGUGAUGAAAGUUAUGUAACAAGAGUACAGCAACAUAAAAAAGCAAUGAAAGAUUCUUUCACAGAGGCUAAGCAAAACAAAAAGCAAAAUGGCAGCACUCUUACAAAAGAAAGCAAUUUAAAAGACAGGUUAGGUGAUCUGAGAGACCACAAUUACAUGAGACAGAUCCUGUCACAAACUGAACCUGGACUUGGUGAGACUUACAUGUCAGGUGGUAGGGUGCCGCUACCUGGCAUGGGCAAGAUUGGAAAUGAUCUAAACACGGUCCCUAAAGCUAAACAUAAAAAACUAACUGAUGACCCUAGCUACGAUUCAGAGGAAGUAAAUUUGAGGCAUACAGUUAGACUGAUAUCUGAAGAGAGUAGAGACAAUCUGCAAAAUGAAGACAGAAAGGGAGACACUCCUCCUGUUCCUCCUCGGAGCAAGAAAGGAGGGAAUAGAGGAGAUGAAAGUGUUACUAAGGAAACAGAGAGUUUGAAAGAUGUAGUGAUAGAGGGUGUCUUUAACAAAGAUGGAAAACAUGAAAAUGGUGAGGUACACUUAAAAGACAUGAGGAGCACAGGCUCAGAAAAACAAGAGGUAGACCGUGACCUGUCGACAAAGGAAUCUUUGCCUGAUCAAAGUGAAACUGGUUCUGAUAAAGAGAGGCAGGAUGUGGUAAAUAAUGCAAGUUCAAACUUCGUAACUGUAACCGAAUCAGUUAUACAUGAGGCAUUGUCACCUUCAAAAUACCAAAAAUCUGAACAUAGAUUGGAUUUAUCACCAGAGUUUAGAGAAAAUGAAAAUAAGGCAAAUAACUUUCAAGCAGAUAUAAGCUCCACUACCGAAGUCCCGUUUGAAAACACCAACGAGAGACCACAAGAAACGUACAAAGUAAAGCGGAGGGCUCCUUUAAAACCAGACCAUUUAAACACAUCAGAUGAAAAUGUAACUAAUAAUUUAGUGACAGUAGAACCUGACAAAAUAAAUAGAGCAGGUGAAGAAAUAAAUGCGGAUGCAGAAGCUCUCAGUGAAAUCCCUAUAAUAUCACCCUUACUUAUGGUAAAUGGUGUCAGUAUCAAUCAAAGCCCACCUGAUCAAGCCAGCUUGUCCUCAAAAUCCUCCUACUUCUCUGUCGAAAGUGCACUGCACAGAAAUACUGAGACGGAGUCGAAUGUUUACCACUCUCUGGACAACUUAAUUGGAGAGGUAGAAGAGGUUGAUGUGGUGACACGAAAUAUUUCACAAAACACAAAAGCAGAUUCGGACAGGACGGAAGUGGAAUACUAUUCUUUAAGUGAUCAUGAAAGCGAGCCGGAGGCUGUGAGGCAGCCGAUAAGGUCUCCUCAGAAAGAAACAGAGGUACUGAACAAGGACGGCAAAGAAAACACCACUACAAAUCAAAGUGUAACUCAUGAAGAGAAUAAGAUGCCAAUGUCACCUGCCAACACUUUAUCACCGCCUUUGGGGAUCCCUGCUUUGUUUAAGGUCAAAGACAACACUUUCAGCAAUAAGUUGAAGAAAACUGUACAACCCUGGUCACCAAGAGGGAGUCUAAGUGGUUCAGAGAGGGGAGAGGAGGAGUUACAUCAAUUCAAGGAAAAUCUACAGCUCCCUCCAGUUAAUGAACCUGUCACCAGUGUCAGCCCACCAAUCCCAGAUGAAGUCUUCAAACCUAAAGAGAUUGUCUCAAACAGUUCACUUCCCCAGCUGCAACUUCCUUCAAACGUACAAAAUGAAAACCCAAAGAAACCACAGUUUGGAGGGUUCCUCACUGUCCCACAGGAGGAAGACAGAUUUUCUGGGGUGAGUCCAUCAUCUGAAGGCGUGGAGAGCUUCACAACUAGCACAGCUGACACAGCUGAUGAAUUGGGAAUAAAUGUUGGAGUGCCAGUAGACUGUGAAGUGUCAAAGGUUCCCAGUGAACAUUCUGGGUCCACUUGCAGUGCUAAUGAAAGCCAAACAGGGCUGCCCAAACCACCAGCUGUCUUACCCAAAUCUGAAAAGGCUGUUCUCAAAGCCAUUAAGAUAGCAAAUAGAAGGAUGAAGAAGGAGGAGGCCCAGAAGUCCCCCCACAAGUCAUCUCAAAGCAGCAGCAAACAGAGAGUGGACAAACACAAGAGUGACAAAUCUGAGCACAAAAGCAACAGCAGCGGCAGCAGUAGAAGUGGCAAAAGUGGUGAGAAAAAACACAGAGAAAAGAUUGAAGAUGGUCAUCAUCACAGUGAAAGCCAUGGUCAAAACAGUAAUCGCAGUGAGCAACCACUUUAUGAAAGAACAGGCCAGAGCGGUGAAAACAACCAUCACAACAGAACAGAUGCUGGUCGCAAGACUCGGAGACAGAGCCAUGAUUCGAUGGAAAGGAAUACCCAGAACAACGAAGGGCUAGCAAGUGUUACAACAGAAAGGCAAGGCCGCAGCAGUAACAGACAUGUUCGAGAAAAGCCAGAGCAAAGAGACUACAGCAGUGAUAGGAUCAUCAGUAAUGUGCCCGUGUACAAAGCUCACAUCAGCGAGAGAUCCACAUCAGACAGGCCAUUCCACAGAUCACAAAGCACUGACAGAUACUUAGGAGAUAAAGUGGAGCGCAGGCUGAGUGCCGAUAUGUCAAUCAAUGAGAAGCUUGUUCCAAGGACCCAACGUAUUGAGAAAUCCAUCAUGGAUGAGCUUCAGCAGAGAGGCCGAGCCAAAGACAAGGCUAGCAGGGACAACCCUUUGAGAAGGAGUCACAGUAUCGAUACGUACACCACGGAAGCGCCUCAUCCUUCAAACCUGUCCCGCCAGUCAAGCCACACCAGCCAACUUUCUCGCCAGUCUAGCAUUGAGCAUGCCAUUGUUACGCAGUCUUUUCCUAUGACCCAACGUAAGCUUCUUCAGGAUCCGGACUCUGGGCAGUACUUCUUUGUAGACAUGCCUGUACAAGUCAAAACGAAAACUUUCUUUGAUCCCGAAACAGGAAGUUAUGUGCAACUGCCAGUCCAGCCACCAGAAGGUGCUGUUCCUCAGGCAUCCCCCAUGGAAGUUUUGACCCCACCUAUGGUUGUUUACCAUGGCUUUGUACCAGUGCCUCUGUCUCCCAUGGCUCAGAAAGCUACCAUCCAAGCCCCUCAUAUAGCACCUGAAGAGUUUGAGCAGAGACACCUAGAGAGGUCAAGGCAAAUGCAGUGUAAUGAGAGACAUCCAUAUUUAGAGCCUGUCUAUGGUCAACACGAUCACAUGUUAGGGGAGUUUAUGGGCACUGAGGAGCUGGACUGUCCGAGCUGAUAGGCCAUGAGGUUUGAAAGGAAAAAUCCUCCCUCUGCUUGUGCUGUUUUGUCAAAAUCAAACUGUGGAGUUAUUUCGACAGGAAGCUUUACAGAAUAAGAAACACAAGGAAGUACAUUGCUAAUACCUGCUUCGUUAUGAACAGUGUUCAAGUGUUUCAGGGUAGAUUUUCCCUUCAGGGUCUUUCUUUCAAGUGUCUGAUGCUUGUAAUUCUUUAUUUACCUUAACUUACACAAGAUACUGUGUGGGCUUUGUGAAGCUACUGAGGCCUUGAUUGGUUUUGUGAAGAGGAAUGAGUUUGACUUGAGUGUAAACUGUCUAAUUGAAGUGAAUUUGUGUAUGGAUGAUAGUUGUGGUGUGCUGGGUUGACUUGAGAUUUGUGUAAGAUAAUGUGCAAUUUGUGAGAAAGAUGAAAGGGACAUGGAUGAUCCAUGUUCAUAAUAUAUUUAAGUGUAAACGGAGAGGUUAAGAUUGAAUGUAAAUGUGGAAUAUUUAUUGUAAAUGCUGAGAGUUUAUUAUAUACAUCUGCAGUGGUAUUUGGGUCUCCACUGCUUUUCAUGUAUUGUGGUUCAUUGUUUUGUUACCUGCAACGUUUGUUUCCACCAGAUAGCUUGCAGUCACUGAAGGUAUCAUUAGAGAUACUUGAAUCAAAUAGAAUUAAUGUAUGUGUCUUUGAUUUGCAUAUUACAGAUUUCAACUCAUCAUGUCCACACAACACAUUUUAGAAACAUUUUGCAUGCUGAAGUUGAAAUUGCAGUUUCACUUGUUGAACGUGUUUGAUACAAGACAAAUUUCAUUUAUACUGUCUAAAGGCUUGAACUGACAUUAUUGCAAUUAAUGUUUUUUAAUAUGCAGAGGACAUGAAGGAGUAUUGGUUUUGCAAGUCUGUUGCAUUGGUAUUUUUCUAAACUAGAAUAAGGCAGGGCUGUAUUGUGUCUGUGAUCCAUUCCAAUAAAAAAACAACUGUUG